GGGGGGAAGAAAAAAAUUUGUACAUUCUUUUGCUACCUUACUAGCUGACCUGUUGCUCUGAGUUUUCAUUUUUUUUAAGUCUUCGUGUCCGACACAUAUGCGGACAUCAUUAUGUCGAUAUAAUCCCAAAUAUAUGAAAAAAAAACUUCUCAAGGAGUUGAACAUUAUUAUGUCAGUCAGAUGCUCUAAUUCAACACUUAUAUCCGAGUCUGAGUGAUUUAGCUUGAUGAUAUUUGAUAAUGUACACCACCUUCCUACUCCAACUUGAUUUUUCAGUCUUUAGUCCUUACCUGAAACUAGCCAGCUGUUUUUGUUGGCCACCAGUUCUUUUCCAUUUUCAUGCAGGUAGUAUUUGAAUGUUUAGACACGACAAAUUCUACAAAGCAAAUAUUACUUUAUUUGAUAUGGGGUAUGUUAUAUUUAAUCAAAGGCUUACGGAUACUCUUAAGUCUAGCCUGAAAAGUACACGUAAAUAAAUACUUGAGUUUCUUAAUGUUGUCAUCUUUUGAUGUUGUUUGUUAUAGACUUAUAGUCGAGCGUCAGAGAUCAGAUCUUGCCUAAAAACACAUUUAUAUUGGCAUUAUCGUACCUAGGUCUGUUUUUAAGAUAUUGAAAACACUUUCUGAUAUAACAAUCAUAUUCUCUGUUAGACGUGUGGUAUUACCGUCAACAACUUUGCCAUACUAAUUUUGUUCAUUGUGAACGAUUAAUGGGUUACUACCUUGCUAACAUGUUUAGACAAAGCAUACCUUGCUGGUGCAGAAUCUGCUAAGAACUUGCUAGUUCGUUUUUGUUUAAGCAGUUCGUACCAACUGCUAAAACCAGACUGUUGACUUGCAAGAAAUCAUGAUCUGAAUCGACUGGCAACCACCAAGUACGUAAUCAACUUGUCUGCUACGAACAAGUUAAAGCAAAGGCAGCGUGGGUUAGCAUGUAAUUGUGGUAUUUACACACAAAAGUGUAAUAAACUGCCUAUCAAAACAGGGCACGCUUCCAUCUCUGGACAAACAAGGAAUUAAAUCUUCGUAGAGGAUUCACCUAAUAUGGAUAUGUGGAAAUUAAUAGUGGUUGUGUUUUCCUUGGCUCUGGCCUUUUGGCUAGCCGAGAGCUUCGAUUAUCAUGAGAGUGAUUUGGCUUCGGAAGAGAGCCUGUGGGAUUUGUAUGAGAGAUGGAGGAGCCACCAUACAAUCUCCCGUGACGCAAAGGAGAAGCAAAAGCGUUUCAAUGUGUUCAAGGAGAAUCUGAAACACAUCCACAACGUGAACCAGAUGGACAGGCCUUAUAAGUUGAAACUGAACAAGUUUGCAGAUAUGACAAACUAUGAGUUCAUGAGUACAAGGAGCUCGAAGAUUAGCCAUUACCGGAUGUUACAUGGUCCGAGGCGGAUGACUGAUUUCCAGCACUGCGAAGUUGACAACCUUCCUCAGUCCAUUGAUUGGAGGAAGAAAGGAGCAGUUACUGGUAUCAAGGACCAAGGCAAAUGUGGAAGCUGUUGGGCAUUUUCAACUGUAGUUGCAGUGGAGGGUGUAAACAAAAUCAAAACGGGGGAGCUUGUUAAUUUAUCUGAACAAGAGCUAGUUGAUUGUGAUAAGGAGAACCAAGGAUGUGAUGGAGGAUUGAUGGAACAAGCAUUCGAGUUCAUCAAGCAAAGUGAUGGACUAACUACUGAGAAAAUCUACCCAUACGAAGCCAAAGACGAGUCCUGUGACUCGGCCAAGUUGAAUGGUCCUGUGGUGAUCAUUGAUGGCUAUGAAAUGGUACCAGAAAAGGAUGAGAAAGCUCUGAUGAAAGCUGUUGCAAAACAACCUGUGUCUAUUGCUAUAGAUGCCGGUGGCAAGGAUUUCCAGUUCUACUCGGAGGGCAUAUUCAUUGGAGACUGUGGCACGGAGCUGAACCAUGGGGUGGCAGUGGUAGGCUACGGCGCAACUCAUGACGGGACAAAGUACUGGAUUGUGAAGAACUCGUGGGGCGAAGACUGGGGAGAAAAGGGUUACAUAAGGAUGCGACGAGACGUCGAAGCUCAAGAAGGCCUUUGUGGUUUAACCUUGGAAGCCUCUUACCCUGUCAAGUUGCAUUCCAACAACGAUAGGAAAGCUUCCCAACAGGCCAAGGAUGAACUCUGA